CUUGGAGCAAAACUGAUACCAGGCCAUUUAUGCGCUUCCUGACGAAAAGCCCAUAAUUGAUCCCCAUUUUUACGCUCCAGGGUCUUUGAUUUGCCUGCAGCUGCCCUUGUCCCUGCUGGUCACCAACUGAUCAAUUCAAGUAACCAUCCGGGUAAUUAAUUGAAGUGCUGAGCAAAUAUGGCAGAAUUAAGUCUGGGUGUUCUUAUUGAUAUCGUGGACGAGGAGUGGAUGAGAGACACUUUACCUGAUGACGAUCUCCCUCUACCGCCAGUGCUGGUUGUUCGGACUGAUGAUGCUGAAGAUUCAAAUCAAGAGACUCAACAAGUUAAUGGAGACACUUGGCAUGACCUUGCACUAGGCAAUCAGUGAACCAUUCUGGUUGCGAGGGAACUUGGUAUUAUGCUGUGGAAGCAGUACAAAUCUAUUGGAAGCUUUGUUAUGUUGACAUGUGUUUACGUUGUGUGAAUCUAAAUUUUAGACUUUUAACAUGCAAUUGAGUUGAAGUGGCCUCAAUUUCGGAACUCCCAACUCUCUUUUAUAUUUUAGGCUACUUAAGCUCUGUCGAGCUUGCAGUUGGAUUUUGAAUGUGUGAUAAUAGUAGUAUCCAUUUGAGUGUUUA